UAGUGGACUCGUGUUGCAGCAGAGAGCGUUUUAUCACCACUAUCACGAUAUCAGCUUUUUAAAUGACAUUUAUUAGGAUCUAAUUAUAUGUGUAGGAUCAUAUAGAGCUAUUAUGGCUGGAAGUCGACUUGAGAAAUUUGGAACUGUUUAUACACGGGUUCGAGAUUUAAUGCGUGCUGGAGUCAUCAAGCAGAAGGAAAAGCCCAUCUGGUUUGAUGUUUAUGCUGCUUUUCCUCCUAAGAGAGAGCCCCUCUAUGAGAAACCUGUGAGACAAGUGAAGAGACAUGCUGCUGACUCUGUACCUGAAAUACUCUACAAAGAGGAUGAAAUACGAGCGAAGUUCUUUGAAGUUUAUGGUAGUGGACCCAGAGCUUUUGAGAUCCUCAAGCCCAACUUUGUGUCACCAUGCCAGAAGUUUGUGAUGAAGUACAAUGAAUUAGAAAGCCGAGGGGACAUAAAACCCAAGAUGCUGUUUGAAGAGACAGCCAAAGUGCUCCUAGCAGAGGGUAUUUAUUUAAGGAAGAGAGGAGGACCCGUGCAGGUGUCGACAGAGUCCCGGGACCCCUUGCUGAACAUGAAGUUGACCGACAUGUUGGCAGAGCAGCAAAGAGACACGGAAACAGAGACAAAUGUUCCAGAGAAGGAGCCUCAGGCAGAGGCAGUCAACACUGACAGUCAGACGUCUUCGUAAAUGUAUCAGUUCCUCUCUGUUAGCGCAACAUAAACUGGUCCUGCCUCAGCCUCAACAAGAUGUAACAUCAGGCAUUUCUUGACCCAUGGAGCACAGAUAUUGUUCCUUCAUUUGUAAGCACUGCGUAAAAUGCAGAACAGUGUGUGUCUGCUCCCCUCUUGGUGUCAAAGGUGGGAAGUUUGAACACAUUUGUACAUGUCAAGUACAGUUGGAACUGUUUAGGCUUGUGAUUUGUAUAGCCAUGCAGCUUUUGGAGUUUUUUUCUUCCCCCACAGCAUUUUCAUGUUAUGUGAUAGAGCGCUAGCACGUGUAUGAAUUUGUAAUGUCUGUAAUAAAAUAUGUGGACUGUUUACUGGAAGUAUUUAUUCCAUUAACUGCAUUAGUGGAAAAUUGUCAGCAUAGUAAUCUCUGGAAGUUAAAAGUUGUUAGAUAAUAAUCCAAGACAUGAAGAACAAGGCUUGAACAAUAGAAGGUUAGUACUGCAGAACCAUCCAACAUUAAUAAAAAAAAAUGGUACGAAGACUGUUGAAAUAAAUUUGUGUCAUACAGUGUGGAGACAUUUUAAUGUCUUUAAUAAAAUAUGUGGAGUGUUUAAUUGGAGUAUGCCAUUAACAGCAGGAGUAGAAAAUUGUCAGCUUAGUAAAUACUUAAUAAAAGGUUAUAUAUUUGCAAUUGUCUGAGUAUCUCAUAAACCUAUGAUUCAUAUAAAUGUUAAACUGUAACGUUUUAUAUUUUAUACUGUUAAUUUAUCUUUAUUACUGGUGCAUUGUUGGCAGGAUUUCACUCCAAGGAAUGUGGAUGGGAAUAAAAAUCAUG